GAAGAAGAAGAAGAAGAAGAGGAGAUGGCGGUGAUGGAGAAGCUGAAGAUGUUUGUGGUGCAAGAGCCUGUCGUCACGGCCUCUUGCCUCAUCGCUGGCUUUGGCCUCUUCCUUCCAGCUGUAGUGAGGCCCAUACUGGACUCCUUUGAAACUUCCAAGCAAGUACAACCCCCUGCUUUAAAUGAUGUGGUUACAAGUAUGACUGGCAAAAAACAAGGGUAGUAUGGUUAUUUGACGUUAGCAAUGAUUUUUGUUAUCUUGCUUCCCUUCCCUGCCCCCCUUUUCUGUCCUGAUUUUUGUUUGCUUUUUCUCCGAAUGAAAUAAGUUCCUAACUAGAGAUGGGAAUAAGAUUUGAGCUUUAUCAUUUCAAAACGAAGAGUUAUUGUGUGUCUGGUUGUGGUUAUUUACGUUUAUUCGUACGGAUGGUUUUUCACAUGUUCACCGGUGGCUUCUCAUGUCAUCAAUUGAAUUUUAUGAACUCCAUAAGUGCUUUGUUA